GAGAGAGUCUGAAGGAUGAAGUUUGCCGUUGUGCUCCUGAGCCUCCUGUCUGUGGGCCGCGCGGCUCCUCUGCCGGGCUGCCAGACUCUGCUCACGCCCGUCUCAGUGCAGAAGGAGCAGAUGUUGGGUCGCCUGCACUACAUCGGCGGAAGCUCGGAUCUGCCCGGCAGCCGGUCUCUGGCCCACCUGAUGACCGACGUGAGGCUGGACAUCAGCGCCACCAGCCAGAGCCACGUGCUGGACUUUGUCCAGACUCAGAAAAUAUACGGCGACUGCUCAAGUUUAGUGUACAACGUGACUUUUGAAAACAGUACUUUGCUCAUUGAACGGCCAUUCUACCUGAAGGAAGUCUACCUGCCGACAGACUGCCCCAACUGUCUGGUGGCGUAUGAAGAAGUCACGUCCUCAGGACAAACCUUCACCAGCCUGAUGCUCUUCAGCAAGAGUCAGAGUGUCUCGCCAGCAGACGAAGACAACCUCAGGAGACAAGCAGAGUGUCUGCAGAUGCCAAAACCGAUUUUCAUGAUCCCAGACUACGAAGGCUGUCCUGACAGCACCCCACGCUCAGAGGGGAUCAGCGCCUUAAACUCGCUGCUGGAGAACAGGAUGGGACACCGCGUGGCCCGAGUCCUCGAUCGAAUCUUCGACUGGUUGGUCAACUGAAGACCAACUGAUAAAGUACUGCAGCACCUAGAUAGAAUUUUGACAAUAAAAUAGCUGCUUCACUUUAAAGAUCUAGAGCUAGUGCACAACAUUUCACCAGCACAAAAAAGAGGUCAAUGCUGUGUGUUUCAUCGAAUCAUCCCUUAUUACUGUACAAUUCCAAGGAGGAGUCCACAUGAGGGCAACACUCCAUAACGUCUGGUUGCUCACCAUUUGGUAGCAAGCGUUUCUCCGAUCAGGAGCUUUGGCGUAGCUCCAGAUGUUGAGUCACUCCCCUGGGCUCAGGACUUAUUUCUUCCAAGAUUGUUUUGCAUGAGUGCGUGACAUUGCUGGAGAACCCCUGAUC